CAGCUAACAGUCAGCCAGGAACUCUCGCCUGGACUCUAUCGGUUCACUUGGUACAGAUAGCAGGACAUUUCUCCAAAAAUGAUUUGGGUUUAUUUGCCUGUGUUUGUGCUUCUGUUGUUCAUGCUCCAGGCUGCAGCUGUGGUGAGGGCCAACUCUGGAGGCAGUCUGGUGAGAAACAGAAGAAACUGGAUUCCCCCACCAAAAGAACUGAUGGAAAAUGUAGACUACACUCAACAGGAAUCUGUUGCCAGGAUUCAUACAGACUUUGAUAAUGGCCGAGGGAAUAUUCACUACUCCCUGGAAGGCGUUGGUGCAACUGAAUAUCCCUUCAAUGUGUUUAAAGUCGACCUUCGAACUGGAAAAAUCCGUGUGACCAAAGUGUUUGACAGGGAGUUCAUUGACACAUACAAUGUGUCAGGUGUUGCCAGAUACAACAAUGGCACGCUGGCAGAAAAAAACAUUGUCAUACGGUUCAAGAUUGGAGAUCAGAAUGACAACGCUCCAGAGUUUGGAGUCAUCAAGAAUGGGGAGGUAGAUGAGCUCAGUCCUCCAGGGACGUCUGUUAUGAAAGUCACUGCAACUGAUGCUGAUGAACCAGGGAAUAAGAACUCUCAGAUCGCCUAUUCUAUCAUAGAUCAGAGCCCACCCCACGACAUGUUCUCCAUUACCAAUGAUGGGACCAUCUACGUCAAAAGGCCUGAUCUGGACAGGGAGAGAGCAGAUCAGUAUGUUCUAACACUGAAAGGUCAAGACCUAAAUGGCGAAGCAGGGGGAAAGAGUGGAACUGGAACUGUUACCAUUAUGGUCCGAGAUGUGAAUGACAACCUUCCCACUCUGAAAAAAGAGGCGUAUGAAGGCAGCAUUGAGGAGAACACACAGGGUGUGGAGGUCAUGAGAAUCAAAGCAGAGGACCUGGACCUGAAGGAUACUGACAACUGGGAAGCUGUGUUUGAUAUUGUCAAAGGCAACGAGGCCGGGUACUUCAGCAUUACAACAGACCCCAAAACAAACGAGGGCAUCCUAAUGCUCGACAAGGCUGUGGAUUAUGAGGAUGUGAAGGACCUUGAAUUAGGACUAGCUGUGAGAAACAAGGCUUCGCCAUUUCAUACUUCGGGGGCAAAUCCCGAAGCUGGUAUCAGUAUCACAGGGGCAAGUGGAGCAGGAGGUGCAGGGGGGGCAGGUGGAGCAGGAGGUGCAGGGGGGGCAGGUGGAGCAGGUGGAGCAGGUGGAGUAGGAGGUGCAGGGGGAGGGGGGGCAGGUGGAACAGGAAUAGCAGGGGGAACAACUGGUGCAAGUGCUGCUAGUGGGCCUGGAGGAUCAUCGUGGCAAAGUGGGACCACAUUUAAAACCUAUCCAAUCAAAAUCAACGUGAAGAACCAGCCUGAGGGGCCACGUUUUGACCCUAAGGUCAAAGCUAUUCCCAUCUCAGAGGGAGGCCACUCUGUCAACAUUAAAGAUGUCAUUGCUCGCUACCCUGCAAUAGAUGGAGACACUGGGAAACCAGCUGAGAAUGUCAAGUAUGCCAAGGGCUUAGACCCUGACAACUGGCUGACCAUCGACCCAGAGACAGCAGAGAUCAGAUUGAACAAGAUGCCUGACAGAGAAUCUCCAAUGCUGGUCAAUGGAACAUAUUUUGCUAAAGUGCUCUGCAUUUCAGAAGACACACCCACUAAAACGGCCACCGGCACCAUAGCCAUCCAGGUGGAAGAUUUUAAUGACCACUGCCCCACCCUGACCAGUAACAUCCAGACUUUGUGUACCACGGACGAAUCCAUUAUUGUGAACGCUAUAGAUGAAGAUGCAUUCCCCAAUGGACCUCCUUUUGACUUUGCCAUUGUCCAAGAAGGCACCCAGGGCAAGUGGAAGGUGGAACAUCUCAAUGACACUGCUGCUAUCCUGAGAGCUCAGGAAUCCUUGUGGCCUGGUCUCUAUGAGGUGGAAUUUGUGGUGAAAGAUGAGCAGGGAGAAGCCUGUCCACAACCACAGAAAGUGAGAGUCCAAGUUUGUACCUGUGCGGAUGGAGUUGUGUGUGGAGAACGAGGUGCCAAUGGUCAGACCAGAAAAGGAGCAGAGUUAGGGCCUGCCGGCAUCGGACUGUUAUUCCUGGGCCUGCUGCUGUUAGCACUCAUUCCUCUGUUGAUGCUCUUCUGCCAGUGUGGGGGGAUUGGUCUGCCUGGCGGCUUUACUGAGAUGCCUUUCGACACUAAGUCACACCUCAUCAACUACCACACUGAGGGGCAGGGUGAGAACACGGAGGUGCCUCUGAUGAACAUACCAGCACAAAUGGAUGAAGAUAUCAUCACCAUGGAUAUGGGAAUGGCUAAAAAAGCAGCAAUGGGGCACUCAGUCACUUCCAUGGAUGGGAUGAACAGGGCCAUCUAUCAAGAAGGUUUUGCAAGUGACCAUAGAGAUGAAACAUGGGGGGUUCUGAACGAGGCAAGCGGCAGUGGCUUCUACUCUGAGUUUGAAGGCAGAGAGUCAAGAGGAGGUGGAGGAAUUUAUGAAGGUAUGGCGCUGCCUGACUACUUCCUGGGACAGUACUACACUCAGAAGCUGACCAAUGGAAACCAAAACCUUGGGGUGAAGGACGGUCUGUUGGUUUAUGAUUAUGAGGGUCAGGGCUCCACUGCUGGCUCAGUAGGCUGCUGCAGCUUCCUGGAGUCUGACAGUGAUCUGCAGUUUCUCAAUGACCUCGGACCAAAGUUUAAGACACUGGCUGAGGUGUGCAGUGGCAAGACAAUUCCAUCUGAAGUCAAACAAGUUUUCACUCCUCUGCCCAGUGCCUCCAUCAACACUCAGACCUCAGUAUCAAGUUUGGUGACUGUCCCACAAGUGCAAUCUCCAGCCAAGUUGCAGCCAGCCAUCUCUGAAAUGGAGCAGACUGUGGUCAGGGAGACAUCUGAGCGUUCUCAAAUGGUGAAGGAAAGCACAGCCAUGGUGAGUGGCGAGAUUGCAAAUCAAGGGCAGAUGUUCCUGCUACAGCAGCAGCAGCCUGUGUACUACACCACCACCCCUGUGCUGCAGCCAAUGCACUACGUAGUCCAGCCACAGGUUCAGAACACCAUGCUGUUGGCUGAGGCACCGGCCACCAACCUGCAGGGCAUGACACUGUUUAGCGGCACCCAGACUGGACCUGCACAAGGCAUGGUUAUUCAAGGGCAGACAGUGAUUUCUAGCAGCGGACAAUCCCAGGGCCCCAGCAUGGUGCUGGUGGAGAGGAGCGGGGUCCAGGGCGACAGUACCAAUCUGAGCCAAGCUAGAAAUCUCUCUGGUUCCCAGACCAUAAUGGUCAUGGAAGGCAAGGUCCCUAUAGGGUCAAUGAAUGUCCUGCAAGGGAGCCAGACCUGCCUCAUGCAGGGGGUUACCCUACACCCAGGGGGGCAUUCGCAAUCUCAGAAAGUCCUGGUGGUUGGAGGUCCAAUAAGCAGUGGAGGGCAGCAGAUCCAGAAGGGAGGAGGUCUGACCAAGAAGAGUAACAGCUCUGGUUCUCAGAAAGUUCUCUCCAGCCAGAGCAGUGUGAUGGCUUCCUCUACCACCAAAUAAAGAGCCAACCCCCACAAGGUCAUAGUGCAGGAGACCAAAGAAAUUCUCUGAAGUGUGAUGGAACAAAAGACACCUUUUAAAGCAGUUUUCUUAUUUUUUUUUUCACAUAAUGAUCAUUAUAUGACACAAAAUAAGCCUAUAGUCUGAUUCUAUAGAAUGCUGGACAACUUGAAGCACUGAGUGAAUCAGUUUGUAUCAAAGUGACAGCAAAUGUCAAAAUAAUACCUCGAAGUUAUGUGGCCCUCUGUGUCCAUGGUUUUGAUGCAGACUGAAAUAUGAUCAUUUACUGAGAUGUAAAGGCGGUGAUGUGCAACUGCAGGUCAUUUGGGUCAAUAUUCUGCCGGAUUUCAUGGUGCCUGCAAGUUAAUUUAAGUCAACAAAACAGUGGUAGCCAAAAUUUGGACUAUAAUGCUAUCACAAAUUACAUUAUAUUACAGGAUAUACUAUCACACCAUAGAUGUUAUUCAAUUCAUAUAUUUUUAUAUUCAUAUAUUAAUAUAAUACAUAAAAUAGUUAAUUCCACUGUAUACAGAAUGUUGCAUGCAAGUCUGCACAGUAUUUUCAGGGUUGGUGUGGCCUGAGGUGGUGGGGUGGUAGGGUGCAAUGAAAUAACUUUUCAAAGUCCCUGGCGGCAGCCCUUGGUGGAGGGUGUGCUACAACAUUUUGAGCAGGAAUGAAACGACAUGUGCCUGCAAGUUCAUACUACAGCUUCUGCUUGUCACUAACAUGAACUUAAACAACCUCUGUCAGAGCACAAUCUUUCAGAGAGGCCACUACUAAACUUGGAUUUUUGAUUUAACAAAAAUGACACCCCAGAUAUAUUCACCUUCCUCAUAACCUUCUUCAGAAUCCUCAGAAUUGUCCAGUACUUUGGUUUAUGACCAAAUAUCGUGACAUUGCCAUCAGUCUCUGCUGUAUUUUGCAUUUACUGCAGUAGCUAAUCUAAGUUAGUAUGCUAAUGAUAAACUCUGUUGUAAUAUAAUGGCUAUUAGUUUAGUGUUGGUGUUCAGGCUUGUUCCUACAUGUAACUCCACCAUUUAGCAGUCUGUGACUUACAGAGAUAUCUAUCUUUUGUGCAGAAAUAGUGUGUUUCACUGUUUUUUCUGUUUGUGAAGAAAAGAUUUCUUUUGAUUUUAAGUGAUGUGUUUGUUAGUGUAACUACUCUUAUCCGGAUGUUUUCUUGACAAAAACAUACAAAGACUUGUACGCUUGGGAUGUUUCGGAUGAUCAUGUGGUUCAAAUGUGUCACCGUACACUGCAUGGAAUGUUUCUCAUUUGUUGUUUAAAUAAUACUCCUGAUCAUAGGUCGGUUAAACAGGUUGCUCAGGUUCUGUAAAUUACGCAGAUUACCAAGCACAACGAGGUGAACACCACUACAGUCUGUUUUCAUGGGGCUCUUUCUUUUUUUUUUUUUAAUCAUUGUUGCAUUUACAUGGGUAUAGUUAACCUUGUUAGCAGUUAACCAUGACUUGCUGGCUUUCUUGUUCUGGGCAGUCUCAAAGAAAAUGGUGUUUGUUUAUUUUGUUAGCAAUAAUAUUUGUAAUAAAGUGGAAGAAGUCCUAAGCAAUAAGGUAUAGGCCCACUGCUGUUCAUUUGCACUACAGCUUCUCCAGUUUCUACAUGCGCAGUCUCCCUCUUUCUUAUGUUUGUAAGUUUUGGAUCAUCUGCAGAAAAAUAAUUGAACAAAUGUUUCUUUACCAGUCAGUGUCAUUGUGUCAUGUAGUUUGUGUUUUGUUCAAAAACUUAAAAUGAUGUAAUGAAUCUAUGUUCAAACCACAUUAAACUCUAACAUUAAAAUCAGUUGAGAAAUUCAACCUUUUUCUGAACAAUUAUUAUUUUUUUUUUUUUACCUUUUCUUGUGUUGAACUACACUUUUUUUUUAUUGUGUGGACAUGUUCGUAGUUACAAUGGGGGUUCCAAUUUCUCGAGGAUGUCUAAUGGAACGCAUUUAUCUCACGCUUGCUUCCUCUAAUAAAGUCUUUU